AUGGCACCCAAGAAGAUUAUCAUUGAUACCGACCCAGGCAUCGAUGACAUCCUUGCACUACUGCUAGCUUUGUCCUCCAAGCCAGAGGAGCUCGAGGUUCUGUUGAUUUCAUUGACUUUUGGUAACAUUGAAGUAAAGAACUGUCUUCGAAAUGUGGUAUCAAUGUUCCACAUCCUCGAGCGGGAGAUGCAGUGGCGUCGUGAUAACGGCAAGCCAGAGGGCUACGGUACUCUGCGUGCUUUCCGCCCAGUAGUCGCAGUGGGUGCAGAGGACCCACUGGAAGACCAGAAGAUGCUCGCAGACUACUUUCAUGGAACCGAUGGCCUUGGCGGCAUACACGCCAGCCACCCUCAUCUCACAGCCAGCACUGCGUGGGAGCAUCUUUUUGAUCCGGCAGUGGAUCCCGAGGGCAUUCAACCAGUCCAAACAGGUGCUGCUGGUGACCAUUCAUUUAUUCCCUCGAAACUUCCUGCUCACAAGGAAAUUCUGAGGGCACUACGUGCCAAUGAGCCCGAUACCGUGACCCUAGUCGCUGUCGGUCCGCUUACCAACCUGGCUUUGGCUGCGGCAGAAGACCCAGAGACCUUCCUCCGCGUGAAGGAGGUUGUUGUCAUGGGUGGUGCAAUCAAUGAGCCUGGAAACGUCACCCCGGUUGGCGAAUUCAACGCUUACGCAGAUGCUGUCGCCGCUGCACGAGUGUUCGCUCUUACGUCACCCAGCCCCAACUCAACCUUGCCAAUUACAACAAGCCCCCUGCUACCGCCUUACCCAGAAAAACUCAGUCGGCAAUUGACCCUGCGUCUUUUCCCACUGGAUAUCACUUUGCGCCACAACUUGUCCCGUGGCCAGUUCCGCGAAGCUGUCACCCCACUACUUGCUGCCGGUUCACCACUAGCCGAAUGGGUUGACGCAUUCAUGGGGCACACGUUCCGCACAUUGGAGCGACUGCACCCGGGUCACGUAGGCGAUGCUGCCGAGUUGAGUAUGCACGAUCCGGUCUGCGUGUGGUACGCCAUGACAUCUGAGGAUCCAAAAUGGGCUCCUUCAGCCAACUCCCCCGAGGAUAUUCGUAUCGAGACGCAAGGACAAUGGUCUCGUGGAAUGUGCGUUAUUGAUCGCAGAAGUCGCCACAAGAUCGAGGGUGAUGAGGAGAGCUCGAGCGACCAUGGCCUCUGGUUGAGUUCUCGGGCUGGUAACCGUAUCAUGCGCAUGGAUGCAUCGCCCGCGGAAGCCACUUUUGGCCAGAUUAUGAUUGAUCGCAUGUUUGGUUAG